AUGGCUCCCCCAAAACCCCCCAACCCAUCUUCUAAGGAAAUCUUAGAAGAAGCUAUUCAAAUAUCCACCUUAAACCUAAACAAUGCAAUGCAAGAAACUCAAGAACAAAUGGAUGAGAGGUUUACUCAACUCUCUUCAGAUCUAUCCAACCUCCAAACAAGAUUAGACAAUGACAAAUCUGAGGAGGAUUCUAGGUUUCAAGCACUCAUGGCUGCCAUCACCAAAAUCUCUCUUCAAAAAGAGCUACAGCAAACUCUUAUGUCAAGUUCGGGUACUGUUCACGGAACAGUAACUUCUGCUGCAUCCGCUACUGUUCACGGAAGCCCCGCUACUGUUCACGGAGGAUCUACUACUGUUCACGGAACAGCUUCACCAUCAGGUAUGGUACAGAACCCACUUUCUAAUUCUAGGGUUUCAGCACCUAAUUUUCACUCAUUUUCCCCAACAAACACUCCUAUGCGAAAUUCUGCCACAUAUUCAACCACAAACCCUCACACAGCCACCAUGAGAUACACCAAUCCCCACAUGUCUACCACUUUUGUCCCUUACCCUCCUAUUCCGUCCAUUUUAACAUCCUCCCAACCCUUCAACGUUCCUUUUUCACAACAUAUCCCUUUUUCCCAAUUUUCUCCCCAACCCACAUAUCCCAAUCUCUCCCAUAUACCACCCUUACCGACACCUCGUACACCUAAACUUGAACUCCCUAUGUUCGAUGGAUCUGAACCACUUGAUUGGUUAUUUCAGGCUGAGCAAUUUUUCAAUUUUUACAACAUGCCACCCGAAAAUCGAUUGUCCUUAAUUUCUUUUUACAUGAAAGGUGCUGCAUUAAGUUGGUUUAAGUGGAUGCAUCACAGUCACUUAUUAAUGGAUUGGGCUUCGUUUACUAGAGCUUUAGAGUUACGUUUUGGUCCAUCUACAUAUGACAACCAUCAGGCAGAAUUGUUCAAAUUAAAGCAAGAUGGAACUGUUGUGGAAUAUCAAACAAAGUUCGAACAAUUGGGCAAUCAAGUUGUGGGACUGCCACAUGAUGCCAUAUUAAAUUGCUUUAUUUCUGGUCUUAAUGCUGAUAUUAGAAAUGAGAUGGCAAUUCAAAAACCCACAAAUAUAUCUCAAGCAAUUGGAUUAGCAAAAUUGAUUGAAGCCAAACUUAAGGAUUCUAAGCCCAAAUUUUCUAAACCCUAUGUUACUACUUACCCAAAACCCAAUCCAACCACCAACACUUCCUCAACCCAAAAAUCUAAUACCUCCAAUUCUGCCCAAGUCCCUUUUCGCCCCAAAAGCCCAUACACCACCCAGCCCGCCCACUUACCCAUAAAAAAAUUAUCCCAAACCCAAAUUCAAGAGAGGAGAGCCCAAGGGUUGUGCUUCAAUUGUGAUGAAAAGUUCAUUCCCGGUCAUAAAUGUUCUACGGGCAGAUUCUUAAUUCUUUUGAGUGACGAAGAGGUUUUUGACCAUACUCAAUUGGCUGAUGAGGAAAAAGAAGAUGACCCCCAAACAGAAUCAGCAGAUACUUAUUUCCAGUUGUCAACACAUGCUUUAACGGGUCAGUUUUCGCCCCAAACACUUAAAUUCAAAGGCUUGAUUGGAGGCCUAACAGUUAUGGUUUUGGUGGAUACCGGCAGCACUCAUAACAUCCUUCAGCCCCGUAUUGCACAUCAUCUUAAUUUACCCACCACUCCCAUUCCCCAAUUUUCUGUUAUGGUGGGCAAUGGUUCCCACCUUCAAUGUGAAGGUAUUUGUAACAAUGUGAAACUCACACUCCAGGAUAAACAAUUCAAACUACCUUUCUACCUCCUACCUAUUGAAGGUGCAGAUGUUGUAUUGGGUAUGGCUUGGCUUAGAACACUAGGUACCAUACAGGCUGAUUUUUCUAUUCCCUCCAUUACUUUUAACCACAACAAUGCUUCCAUGACCCUAGAAGGUGAUUCUGCCUCCUUACCACAACACACAACUUUUCAUCAGUUUAAACAACUUGUCCACCAAGAUUCCAUAUCCUCACUACAUCUAAUGUUUCUUCAGCCCACCCAAACACAAAAUUCUGUCCCACCACCCAACCUUAAAGUUAACCUGCCCGAUAACACCCACCCUCAAAUUUCUACACUUCUUCACAAAUAUCCCACGAUUUUUCAGAAUCAAACCAGAUUUCCACCCCCAAGACCACAUGACCAUCAAAUACCACUUUUACCUAACACUGCCCCUAUUAAUGUAAAACCAUACAGAUACCCCCAUUCCCAAAAGACUGCAAUGACAACAAUAAUUUCAGAUAUGUUAAAAGAAGGACUCAUAGUGCCUAGUCACAGCCCAUUUUCCUCCCCUGUUUUAUUAGUCAAAAAAAAAGAUGGGACAUGGCGAUUUUGUGUUGACUAUAGAGCACUUAAUGCAGUCACAGUUAAAGACAGAUUUCCCAUCCCCACCAUAGAUGAGUUGCUCGAUGAACUCGGCCCAGCUAAAAUUUUUACCAAGUUAGACCUACGCUCCGGCUAUCACCAGAUCCGAAUGGCAUCAAAAGAUACACAUAAAACGGCUUUUCGUACUUUCGACGGACACUAUGAAUUUCUUGUCAUGCCCUUUGGUUUGACAAACGCACCCUUAACUUUUCAAUCAGCAAUGAAUGAUCUUUUGAGACCUUACCUAAGGAAAUUUGUUUUAGUUUUUUUUGAUGACAUACUGAUAUAUAGUUCCAAUUUUAAUGAUCAUUUAGCUCAUCUGCAGGUUAUUUUCAAGUUAUUAGCAGCUAAUUGUUAUGUGGUGAAAUUAUCCAAGUGUGUGUUUGCAGUACCUAAGGUUCACUACCUAGGUCACGUAAUUUGUGAAGGUAAAGUUGGACCAGAUGCAGAAAAGAUUAAAGCUAUUCUAGACUGGCCUCAGCCACGUUCUCUCACGGCUCUCAGAGGAUUUUUAGGCCUUACCGGAUUUUAUCGAAGAUUUGUGAAACAAUACGCCGCACUCGCCGCUCCGCUCACCGAUCUUUUACGUUCCACUAGAUUUGUUUGGAGUACAGCGGCAACAGAGGCCUUUACAGCAUUACAAAAACACAUGACCGACAUGCCGGUCUUAACACUUCCAGAUUUCAAAAAAAAAUUCAUAGUUGAAACAGACGCUUCAGGAGUCGCGGUUGGUGCAGUUUUGUCACAGGAUGGUCAUCCCAUAGCCUUCUUCAGCAAGAAGAUGUGCCCCAGAAUGCAAGCAUCUUCCACCUAUGUUCGUGAAAUGUUCGCUGUAACGGAAGCAGUAAAGAAAUGGCGUCAGUACUUGAUUGGCCAAGAAUUUCAUAUAUACACAGAUCAGAAGAGUUUAAGGAAUUUGUUACUUCAGAAAAUUCAAACCCCAGAACAACAAAAAUGGGCUGCCAAGCUACAAGGGUUUAAUUUUGAAAUCUUUUACAAACCUGGUAAAUCAAAUGUGGUCGCGGAUGCCUUAAGUAGACAGUUUCCUUCAGAAGAACCAGUGUUGUUCGCUCUUUCUUCUGCCAUCCCUGAUCUUCUUACAAGACUUCGUGAUUUCUACACAAGGGAUAGAGCGGGUCAAGAACUGCUUGCAAAGUUAUUCACAGAUACCACAGACAAGGAUAAUUUCAAAGUGUCAAAUGGACUGUUGUUGUACAAGAACCGCUUAUUCAUACCUGAUAUUGAUCAGCUGCGAACAAAAGUGUUGAACGAAUUUCAUGCCACUCCCACAGCUGGCCAUUCCGGAGUGAAGGCGAGCCUAUCGCGUGUCUCUGCAUCUUUCGCUUGGCCGGGCAUAUACAAAGAUGUAAAACACUUGGUCAAAUACUGUGAUAUAUGUCAGCAUAGUAAGUAUUCCACACAAAAGAAGAAGGGUCUACUACAACCUUUACCUGUUCCAGAAAAGGUUUGGGAUGAUAUCUCCAUGGACUUCAUCACCCAUCUUCCAAACUCGUUUGGUCACACCUGCAUUUGGGUCAUCUGCGACCGUCUAUCCAAAUCCGCACACUUCAUAGCUCUAUCCACAAAGUUCACCGCGAAAGACAUUGCGAACCGUUUCACUGUUGACAUAGCCCGCCUUCAUGGAUCUCCAAGAUCUAUUGUGACAGACCGUGACCCGUUGUUUCUUAGUAAAUUCUGGAAAGAGUUUCAUAAACUACAAGGAACCACAUUAAAAUACAGUACUGCGUACCAUCCGGAAACAGACGGACAAACAGAGGUUUUGAAUAGAUCGGUGGAAACAUACCUCAGGUGUUUUGCAAGCUCACAGCCGCGUCACUGGUACAAGUAUCUUCAUCUUGCAGAGUACUGGUAUAACACGUCUUAUCAUUCAGCAAUCAAAACUACACCGUUCCGAGCUCUCUACGGCCGCGACCCGCCGUCUAUCUCUGCACACUUAGCCGGAUCUGUUCAGGAACCGUCCGUGGAAGCCAUCUUGCAACAACAUCAUGACAUUUUGCAAACUUUAAAAUCAAAUCUAGUCAAAAGCCGCAUUCAAAUGGAAAAGCAAGCAAAUGUCAAAAGGCUGGAUUAUACCUUCAAAGUUAAUGAUCUGGUUCUCCUCAAACUUCAGCCUUACCGUCAACACACCGUGCACAGACGUUCCUCUCAGAAGUUGGCCCCGCGAUUUUUUGGCCCCUUCACGGUCAUCAAACGAAUCGGUCAAGUUGCUUAUAUGAUAAACCUCCCUUCGUCCUCGCGAAUCCACCCAGUGGUCCACGUAUCUCUUCUCCGCCCUUACUUUGGUACCACACCGGAGGAAGAUUUCGAACCCAUUCCACCGUAUACUCCAGUUCCGUUAACUUCUGAAGCGGAACCACACUUGAGGACCUGUGAACAACAACAGCAUAUAAUAACAUCAGAGAACGAAGUAGCAAACAACAAAGUACAAGGCUUGUGGCCUUCAUCUUUACCUGACAGAGAGUGUUUGGACACGGACCAAGAGGAAGAGCUUAACACUCUUGCGGCUAAGGUGCAGAAAACCAAAGAAGGGAAAGAAAAAAAAGAGGAGAAAACAAGCUCUCACAUUUCGUUUGAAGUUGAAGGAAAGAAAGUGAUAGAGGAAGCAGAAGAAAAUGAGGAGAGAAAAAGGGUUAAUAACUCGGAGGAAGUACAAAGAGAUGAGGUUAUAAAGUUAAAUGUGUUUUCCCAACCCAAAGUGCAAAAAUCUAAGUACAACUCUGCUUUUCCAAUGCUACACGCUAACCCACGUGACCAGCUGUAUCCAACUUGUUCCAACGGACUUUUCUCUACAUCAUCCGGACCAUCCAAUUUUGAUCCUGCGGUGAGAUUUAAACCACACAGCCAGCUGUCUUCAGUCAAUUCCCACACUCCACCGCCUGGCUUGCUUCGGUUCCCACACCCCAUGCGUGAUGUAAAGUCUUCCAACCCUAUCUCUUCAGAUUUCUGGGACCCACGAGAUUCUUCAUUAUCCUCACAGCAUUCCAACGACUCUAUGCAUGUUUCGGUUGGGCUUUCCACUCAAAUCCAAGGCCCAAGUCCAAUUCCUUCCAUGAACCUUGAGGACAAGGUUCCCAAAGAGGAAAUGAGUAUUGAUAGGCAUCCCAUUAGGCCCAAGAGAAUUAAGAGAAUACCAGCUUCAUUAAAAGAUUUUUAUUAUUAA